CUCUCUCUCACACACACACAAAAUUGUUUUUAUUAUUUUUCGUUUUUAUAUCCUUAUUAGAUAAGCAAUUAUUUGUUUCUUUACUUUCCUUUUGCUUUUCGAAUUUUUUUUUGCCGAAAUUUAUUCAUUUUCUGGUUUUAUUUUUGAAUUUUCGCUUUUUUUGGUGGUUGCUGUCAGUGCUGUUUGCUACUGCUGCGCGGGGUUUGUGCAAUUUAUCACCGGAAGAUUGAGAAGAUUUGCAUCACAGACGGAAAACUGGUUUAUUAGUCUGUUACAUUCCUAUGUGGAAGUGCCCCUUAGAUGACAACAUGCUCAACACCCUUGGGAAUGGAGAGAAGGGGAAAGCAGGUUGAAUUUGGAAGAAAAGGACAGAAGAGACCAUAAACAAAUUUAGCAAUGUUUUAAAGGCCAAGUGUUAAUAUCUGAUCGGUCCUAGUGUAAGUAUCUGAUCGUGAUUAUAUGGAUUGGGUGGAAGAGUCCAAUGAGCAGCUGUCCAUUCACAUGAGAAGGAAAAGAAAGGUUAGAUCGAAGAAACUAGAGUUUAUUGGGUGGGGGUCUAAAUCUCUUGUUGAAUUUCUUGAAUCAAUUGGCAAAGAUACCAGCAAACAACUAUCUCAAAAUGAAGUGACAGCCAUCAUCAAAGAUUAUGUCAAUAUAAAUAAGCUUCUUCACCCAGGAAAAAAGAAGAGGAUUCUGUGUGAUGAGAGGCUGCAUUUUCUUUUUGGAAGGAAAUCUGUGGCUCGAAAUAAAAUCUUUGACUUGCUGGAAGCACACUUUGUUGAAAACCAUGACGAAUCAGAGGAUGAACUAAUGUACAAUUCAGAAGAGGAGAAUCUAAUGGUGGCAUUCAAAGAACAGAGAACCUUAAAUUCAGCCAAGAAAACUCCCUUUCAAAAGAAAAAUGUGGUUGAGACUCCAAAAAGCUGUUUUGCUGCUAUAAAUUCUGAGAACAUGAAGCUUGUCUAUGUGAAAAGGAGUUUAGUUCAGGAUCUUCUGGAGUACCCUGCAAGCUUUGAAGUUAAAGUUGUGGGUAGCUACGUGAGGGUCAAAUCUGACCCAAAUGACUUCUUUCAGAAGAACUCUCACCAGCUUCUGCAAGUUACAGGUGUAAAGAGGGCUGCUGGAACUGGUGAUGUCGGUGCAGAAAUUCUCCUUCAAGUUUCAGAUGUGAUGAAGGACAUUCACAUUUGCAUGCUGUCAGAUGAUACUUUCUCUGAGGAAGAGUGUGAGGAUUUGUGUCAAAGAGUGAAAGCUGGUUUGCUGAAGAGGCCUACUGUUGUAAGUUUUUUUUUUUAUUUGAAGCCUGAAUCUUAGGGUGGGCCACCAGUUUUUGGCUUGAACCACAUUUCUUAGCACUUCUACAAGGGGACACACAGGGUUCUAGUCUGUGGACAUGAGGGGUGUGUGUAGUAGGUGAUCAAAAUAGAGAAUAAAAGAGAAAAAAAGUUAUAUUGUAGCCUUAUAUCUAUUGACUAGGGGUAACCCGUGCUUGAAGGUACGACGAAAUGUGAAUGGUUUUGGG